CUCAGUCCAUGACUCGCCUCGCGGAUCGGUGGCGUCGCGCGGGUUCCCAGCUCCCGACUUCUGACCAGGGGCCAGAGGAGGAUCGCGGCCAGCAUGGCCCCCACGCUGCAACAGGCAUACCAGAGGCGCUGGUGGAUGGCCUGCACGGCUGUGGUGGAGAACCUCUUUUUCUCUGCCGUGCUCCUGGGCUGGGCCUCCCUACUGAUCAUACUGAAGACCGAGGGCUUCUAUUCCAGCUUGUGCACAGCCGAGAACGCCACCAACGUCACGCAGGCCCAGCAGCCCAGGUGGCCAAGCUGUGACCGCCAGGACGAGAUGCUCAACCUGGGCUUCACCACUGGCUCCUUCGUGCUCAGUGCCACCACCCUGCCUCUGGGCAUCCUCAUGGACCGCUUUGGUCCCCGGCCGGUGCGGCUUGUUGGCAGCGCCAGCUUCGCUGCGUCCUGCACCCUCAUGGCCCUGGCCUCGCGGGACACCACAGUUCUGUCUCCGCUGAUCUUCCUGGCGCUGUCCCUGAAUGGCUUUGGUGGCAUCUGCCUAACGUUCUCUUCACUCACACUGCCCAACAUGUUUGGGAACCUGCGCUCCACCUUCAUGGCCCUCAUGAUCGGCUCCUAUGCCUCUUCUGCCAUCACCUUCCCGGGAGUCAAGCUGAUCUACGAUGCCGGCGUGUCCUUUACCAUCAUCAUGUUCACCUGGUCUGGCCUGGCUUGCCUCAUCUUCCUGAACUGUGCCCUCAACUGGCCCAGCGAGGCCUUUCCUGCUCCCGAGGAAGCCAACUACACGAAGAAGAUCAAGCUCAGCGGGCUAGCCCUGGACCACAAGGUGACAGGAGACCGCUUCUACACCCAUGUGACCACUGUGGGCCAGCGGCUGAGCCAGAAGGCCCCCAGCUUGGAGGAGGGGGCUGACGCCUUCAUCUCGUCCCAGGAUAUACAAGGCACCUCAGAAAAUUCCCCUGAGAAGUCUGACCCCUUCCGCAAGAGCCUCUGCUCCCCCAUUUUCCUGUGGAGCCUCCUCACCAUGGGCAUGACGCAGCUGCGGGUCAUCUUCUACACGGCGGCCAUGAACAAGAUGCUGGAGUACGUCGUGCUGCACAGCCAGGAGCAUGAGACGGCUGACCUGAGACAAAAGGCAAGAGAGACAGUGGGGUUCUACUCCUCCAUUUUCGGGGCCAUGCAGCUGCUGUGCCUUCUCACCUGCCCCCUCAUCGGCUAUAUCAUGGACUGGCGGAUCAAGGACUGCGUGGACGUCCCCAAGGAGAGCGCUGCCCGUGGAGAUGCCAGGGAUGGGGUUGCCACCAAGUCGGCCAGGCCACGCUACAGCAAGAUCCAGAAGCUCACCAACGCCAUCAACGCCUUCACCCUGACCAACCUGCUGCUCGUGGGCUUCGGCAUCACCUGCCUCAUCAACAACUUGCACCUCCAGUUUGUGACCUUUCUCCUGCACACCAUAGUGCGGGGCUUCUACCACUCGGCCUGUGGAGGGCUCUACGCGGCAGUCUUCCCGUCCAGCCACUUCGGGACGAUGACAGGUCUGCAGUCCCUCAUCAGUGCCCUGUUUGCCCUGCUGUCCCAGCCGCUCUUCACCACCAUGGUGGGGCCCUUGAAAGGAGAACACUUCUGGGUGAAUUUCGGCCUCCUGCUCUUUUCACUCCUGGGAUUCCUGCUGCCUUCCUACCUCUUCUACUACCGAGCCCGGCUCCAGCGGGAGUAUUCCACCAACUGGGAGGGCCCGCUGAAGGCACUCAGCAGCUCUGAGGUGACCGCGUAGGCCUCUGAGGCCGAGGGAUGUGCGUGCCAGGCCGCUGAGGCCUGUGCUACCAGAGGGGGCGCCGCACCCGGCUUUUCUACCUGUAACAGACGCACAGAGCCAGGGCCCGUGGAUUUAUAAAUACCAAGAGAAGUUCUAUUUUUGUAGGGACUUGCUAAAAGGGAAAAAAAACUAAAAAAAAUUCCCCCAAAGCAAUGCUCCAUUGACUGAAGUCAGCCCUGAGCUAACAGGAUCAGGAGACCAAGUGCCAGGCUGUCCUUUCUCUGGGCCUUUCUCCUAGGGGGACCUGCCCCUUGGUGCUACUGGGGGGCUUUUGGGGUCAGCAAACAGGUCACCCCGAGGUUCCAGCUAUGCAAUGCCCAGAGUGCGUGUGCGUGUGUGGGUGCAUGUGUGUGCAACAGCCUUCCCCUCAGGAGGAAGGGGCUGCAGGUGCAGGCGUGGCCUGGACGGGGUGUGUGUGGGGGGAGGGUGAGCUCCUCCUAGGGGCUGGAGGGCGGGUUCCCUCCUGGUGCUGCUUCUUGCAGGUCUUAGAGAAAAUAAAAAGGGAAG